UUCACAUCAGACCUGUGAACUGGUACGAGACAGAAGCAGCAGUGACACAAUCAAGAAUCAAAUCGGCAUCAAAACCACCGCUUCACAGAAUAAAAGUCAUUUUAAGACUAAUUUUUUGAUGAAAAGAACUCUAGAAGUCAUGAUCACUUCACAGCUUCUCCCUGCUCUUACUCUUGUGCUUCUCCUAUUUAAAGAGGGUGGAGCCUGGUCAUACAAUGCCUCCACAGAAGCCAUGACUUUUGACGAGGCUAGUACUUACUGUCAGCAAAGGUACACACAUCUUGUCGCGAUUCAAAACCAGGAAGAGAUUAAAUACCUGAACUCCAUGUUCAACUAUACACCAACUUACUACUGGAUUGGAAUCAGGAAGGUCAACAAGAAGUGGACCUGGAUAGGGACCCAGAAGCUACUGACCGAAGAAGCCAAGAACUGGGCUCCUGGUGAACCAAACAAUAAGCAAAACAAUGAAGACUGUGUGGAGAUCUACAUCAAGAGGGACAAGGACUCGGGGAAGUGGAAUGACGAGAGAUGUGACAAAAAGAAGCUUGCCUUAUGUUACACAGCUGCCUGUACCCCUACAUCCUGCAGCGGCCAUGGUGAAUGUGUGGAGACUGUCAACAACUAUACAUGCAAGUGCCACCCUGGCUUCAGAGGUCUCAGGUGUGAGCAAGUUGUGACCUGUCAAGCUCAGGAGGCCCCUGAGCACGGAAGCCUGGUUUGCACUCACCCUCUGGGGACCUUCAGCUACAAUUCUUCCUGCUUUGUCAGCUGUGACAAGGGUUACCUCCCAAGCAGCACAGAAGCCACACAGUGCACUUCCACAGGGGAAUGGAGCGCUUCUCCUCCAGCCUGCAAUGUGGUUGAGUGCAGUGCUUUGACAAAUCCUGCCAAUGGAGUCAUGGACUGUCUCCAAAACUCUGGAAACUUCCCAUGGAACACGACAUGUACCUUUGAGUGUGAAGAAGGAUUUGAACUAAUGGGACCCAAGCGCCUCCAGUGUACCUCAUCCGGGAACUGGGACAACAGGAAGCCAACAUGUAAAGCUGUGACAUGUGGUGCCAUCGGCCAUCCUCAGAAUGGGUCUGUGAGCUGUAGCCAUUCCCCUGCUGGUGAGUUCACCGUCAGAUCCUCCUGCAAUUUCACCUGCAAGGAAGGCUUCCUGAUGCAAGGGCCAGCCCAAAUUGAAUGUACUGCACAAGGACAAUGGAGUCAGCAAGUCCCAGUUUGUAAAGCUUCUCAGUGCAAGGCCUUGUCCAGCCCAGAGAGAGGCUACAUGAACUGUCUUCCUGGUGCUUCUGGAAGUUUCCAAAGUGGGUCCAGCUGUGAGUUCUUCUGUGAGCAGGGAUUUGUGUUGAAGGGAUCCAAAACACUCCAGUGUGGCCUCACAGGCAAAUGGGACAGUGAAGAGCCCACAUGUGAAGCUGUGAAAUGUGAUGCUGUCCAGCAGCCCCAGGACGGCUUGGUGAGGUGUGCCCAUUCCUCUACUGGAGAGUUCACCUACAAGUCCUCCUGUGCCUUCAGCUGUGAGGAAGGCUUUGAAUUACAUGGGUCAGCUCAGCUUGAGUGCACAUCUCAGGGACGGUGGUCACAGGAGGUCCCCUCUUGCCAAGUGGUGCAAUGUUCAAGUCUGGCAGUUUCCGGAAAGAUGAACAUAAGCUGCAGUGGGGAGCCUGUGUUUGGUGCUGUGUGUGCGUUUGCAUGUCCUGAAGGAUGGACACUCAAUGGCUCUGCAGCUCUGAUGUGUGACGCCACGGGACACUGGUCUGGGAUGCUGCCUACCUGUGAAGCUCCCACGGAGUCCAGCAUUCCCUUGGCAGUUGGACUCACUGCUGGGGGGACCUCCCUCCUGACAGUAGCCUCAUUUCUCCUCUGGCUCCUGAAACGCCUGCGGAAGAGAGCAAAGAAAUUUGUUCCUGCCAGCAGUUGCCAGAGCCUUCAAUCAGACGGAUCCUAUCACAUGCCUUUGUAGUUAUUUUAAGUCCAAAGGAAUGAGGAACACCGGUACCUCCAGGGAACUAGAGCAAUACUCUGAUGAUGGUAGAGACAGAGAGCACUCCUCUGGUUCCUGGCACUUCUCACCUCCCACAACCUGCCACCUUUACAGCUGAGAGCAUGGCCCCAUGAGGACUUCAACGUUCCAAACUCCAGUGGGUGAGGCCAGCCUGCCACCAGCAAGACUCGGCUUUCUCUUUCCUCUUCUCAGCAUCUGGAAAAUGUUGGCUGAUGGAGGGAAAACAUGUUCUCUUCCAGGCAAAAGUGAAGAGACUCAGGUUCUGGAAUCUCCGAAUCCCUGUUCUAACUCUCUUCCCUGCUCACUGUGAGAUCUCAGCAGAGAAACAGUAUUUUGUGAUAUUAUUUCUUUCUUUUGCUCCUCACGGUGUCUCAACUACUGAUUACAUGGUUGCUGUCACUGGGAUGAAUAAUUGUCAAGGAGUUUAGGGGAAACAACUUGGUCAAAGAUACUCUAUCACCAACAUGCAAAAAAAUAUUUUAAAUGCCCACAGGCGAGUACAUGGGGGAAAUCCUGCUUAAUACUCUGUGCAAGGAUUGCUAAACACAGUCCUAAUCCCUUUUACCCUUGUGGGAUUCAGUGCAUUUUAAAGUGUUCUUAGAGAUUUUAAAGUGUUCUUUUAUUUGCAUUGGCUAAAGUACAAUUUUCCCUAAUUCUUAAUUCAGUGUAAGUGUUUAGAGACUUUAAAAUAUAUGCAUGUUAGGGCUAGGAUAGGGUAAAAGUUACUUAUCAUGGAUCUUUGUUUAUGAAGGGACUCUAAUGUUAUAUCUGUAGUAAAUUCAUUUUUAAAAGGGGCAAAUGCUGUCCCCAGUAUUACGUGAAUCAGUGGAAAGUUGUGAAUGUUUUUACUAUAGUUGCUUUUAAAAACAUGAAUGGUAAAAAAAUAAAAAUAAAAAUAAAAAUAAAAAUAAAAAAAUAAAAACAAUAAAAACAUGAAUAGUGGAGCACCUGGGUGGCUCAGUCAGUUAAGUAUCUGACUCUUGACCUCAGCUCAGGUCUUAGUCUCAGGGUCAUGAGUUCAAGCUCUUCAUUGGGCUCCAUGCUGGAUGUGGAGCCUACUUUUAAAAAAAAAUAAAAAUAUGAGUAGUAUCAGGAGAGUAGAACCUGCAUGGCAUAUAUUUGUACACUGUCAGCUAUUUUUUCAGAGGUAUGUGGUUUUCCAUGAUGAAAAACUUCCGUGAGGCCAUUUAUGUAUUAUGUAAACAUAAAUGCAAACCAGUUAAGGUACACUUUUAUGAAUAUCUUUGUUGAAAAAAACAUAUAGAAAUAUGGAUGUGCUUUGCAUUCUUACAAAGAUGCUUGUCAGGUGCAAUGUGUCAACAUAUAAUUCUUGAAUAUUACAUAAAAUUUUAAAUUCAUGGUAGGAACUCACUGUGUAAAGGAUUUGCCCAGUGGAUUCUUUUAAAAAGUGAAGACUUUUAAUAUUUAUUCCCUAAUUGAGUUAUUUUGUUUAUUAGGAUGUUCAUGAAGAAAGGAAAGUCUGUAUGAGUGUUUAUAUUUAUGUAUAAAGGAGUUUAAAAUUCCUAAGGAAUCUCCAAGAUUCGAUUGAUCAUUGACAGUGAGAAAUUCUUGGCCCGUCCAUCACCAGAACUUCUUGCUCCAUCUUGCAAAUGAUGUGAGAAUCAAAACUCUCCCACACUUUCACUAAUUUAGCAUGUAUUGAAAAAUAAAAGUUUCAGAUUAAGUGCAGGCUGCAUGUUGGCAAAGGCAAAGCCAAAAGUAAACAGGGAAGAGGCUCAGGGUCAGAACGUCAGAGAUUUUGACAGGGCAAAAGAACUCUGGGAAAUAAAGCUACCUAUGGAAUAGGUACCUAUGGAAUACCUACGUAUCAUUUUCUCUGAAAUUGCUCAAAUAUUGUAAAUAUGAAUAUUUGUAUAUACUGCAAUGGAAAUAUUGUCUGGAAUGUAAGUGUGGUCUGUGUUUGGGUUUGAUAAAGUAUUUUAAAUUAUGAUUUUAAAAUAUUUUAUAGCUUUUAAAGUAUGUAUUUAUUUAGGCUUAUGCCAUACCUAUUUUGUAUUUGA